AGUUGCCUCCUGAAAAAAGCACCUUGACCUGGAUGACAGAGAAUCUCAAUACAGUUCCCCUGCUGUUUCACACAAGAGGCAAGGCUUGCCAUGUAUUUAGGACAAAGUUCAAAAGUUGAGCUUUUUUCAAGAGAUAUGGACGUUCCCAUUGCCAGGGUCAGAAGAAAUUAGAAGUGGGUGUGAUGGUAGGGAGAAAGAGGCCAACGCAUUGUUUGCCAAAUAUUAUGGGAUAUCCGGCAAACAAGAAGUGCAAGUUCUCAUAAAGAACAACUCAGCUCAGUUCUUCUGUGCCUAUCAAGAUCUUUGGAUUAAAUCUGAAUUGGGAAUCAAAAAGAUUCUAAAGCAUGUAAAUCACUUUUGACUCUAUGAUCAGAACUCGCGAGUAGGUGGGUGUACUUUGGACUGAUUGCAAAACAACGUGACUUUUCUACCUUCACUAGAAAGCAAUUUAUUUAUUUAUUUUGAAAAAGGGAGACGCACAAUCCAGAAAGGGAGGCAGCUUUUGAGGAGGGCCCAAAACCUUUUCCACUUUCAUCUCUUAUCACCUGGAUCAUACAGGUAGCAUUUUAAACACCACCACCACCCAGCUUCAGAUGAAGGCCUGAAACAUUUGCUUCGCUGCACCAACGGCAGGUGCAGCCGGUUGCCAGGUGGCGUUACCUUAUCAACUUCAGUCUCGUUAAUCAUCUACCUGCCUCUCAUUUCCGCACAAGCCCUUUCCUGCUUUGAAUCAGAAACCGCUUGCAGUGAAAGGCUACAAUCCAGAGGACACCAGUUUGGCACCCAGGGCGGGUUGCUUUGCCUCUUCCCUUAGGCGAACACUCCUUAAAUCAAUGUCAUCAACUUUGCAUUCUUCCGUGAGAAAACUCCAGUGUCGAAAGCUUGACGGGGAAGGACUGUUAGCAGAUCAGCAGCUCUCCUGCUGCUGCUUCAUUUCCCUGGCCUGUCCCAGAUUUAGCCAAAGUUGAGCGCUUCGAGGAAACUCCCUAAAGCAAUGGAAGAGCUCCACCCUCCACUGAGACCUUCAACCAUCCCUCCGGCUGGGCGUGCCUCUGCUUUGGGACGGUGCCUAGAUUAACGCCGUACCGCACCCUCGUAGGUUUUCCGAUCAGCUCCUUGAGACGCUUUGGUGGGCUCCUUACGUUUUUCCUGUGGGCUCUUUGCCCUGCUGGCAUCGAAGGGGUCACCAUGCCAGCUCUUCAAUUCAAUAGCCGCUCCCUGAUUUCUCCGCUGGGGAUCAUUCGGUUGUUGGAGAUAUUCUUCUCCUGCACCGCUUUCAGCUUAGCAGCUGUCUAUUUCCUCAAUUUAAACUAUGGGGCUUGGUCAAUGUUUACUUGGUGCUUCUGCUUCAUCGUUUCUAUCUUUGUGGUCAUUGUGGAGCUGAUCAGCCUGGAUGCCGCCCUGCCUCUUUCCUGGCAGGACUUCACCUCUGCCUUCUCCAUGCUGGCCACUCUGAUGAUCUUCACAACUUCCAUCAUCUACCCAGCAACCUUCAUACCUCUCUGCAGCGGCACCAGCUGUGGUUAUCAGAUUGGGGCUACCAUCAUGUCUUGCCUCUGCUUCAUUGCCUAUGCAGUAGAAGUAGGACUCACCCGGGCCAAAGCAGGGGAGCUCAGCAACUUCCUGAUUACCAUCCCUGGCCUUCUGAAAAUAUUUGAAGCCUACGUAGCUUGUCUUAUCUUCUCCUUGCUGGACAACCUUUCCUUUUACAGGUAUGCUGCUGGUUUGGAAUGGUGUGUGUUUGUCUACUCCAUCUGCUUCAUUCUAACCAUGGUGAUCAUCAUUCUCACCAUUGGACGGUGCCUUGGUUCCUUGCCCAUCCCUGUGGAGAAGGUUCUCAUUGCCUACAACAUCUUGGCUGUUCUCAUGUAUCUUACAGUGGUAGUUGUAUGGCCUUACUACAGCUUUUGGGAUCGUCCAAGAUCUUCAUGUAAUAAGAUGGGCUCCUGUGCUGCCUGGAACAAUCACCUGGGAAUUACUUUUCUCUCCUUCUUCAAUCUCAUUGCCUACAUCGUGGAUUUUGCCUAUUCUUACAAAAUGGUUUUUGUGGCCACACCGGCAUAGAUGACUCGUGUACUCAUUUCUUCCACAUACAUGUACGUGUGGAAACCCCAUUGGCUUGUGCUGCUGGACCUGCUGAGAUCUAGGAAGCAUGGCUCCAGGAGUAGCAGAGGUGUUAGAUAUCUGAGGUGAUGGCGGUGAUGGUACUUCUAACCUUAUAAUUACGCGAUUUAGAUUUUGGGCUGUUCUAUUUUAUACUUGCGGUUAUGUUGGAUGGACUGAUCUCAUUUCCUUAAAAAAGUUGACCCCUAUCUUCACUCAAUAAGAAGACCUCUGUGAAUUACACCCUGGUUAGAUGUGAGUCCUUCAGGUGUGACUAGAAGUUCAAUUCAGGGCCUUAAAAUGAUUUUGGAGAAACCAGCGUGCUAUAAUCUUUCCAGCCUCUGUUUUAAACUCUAGCUGUGAGAAGUGAGAAGAUUAUGAGCAAAGAGGGAAAAUCAGGAGUGGGGAGGAAGCUGAAGACAACUUUAAUCAUCGCACUGGGCUGAGGGCACAAAUUUUUCUUCAUAUGUGUUCUACAGGAAUGUUUUCUUUGUCUUUCAACAGAAUAUCUUAUUCAAUUUAGAUGAAAUAUGAGAUAUUAUCACUGCAGAAUAUGGAGUUGGGGGGGGUUCUAUUGCUGUGCUAAGCAGUCAGCUAAAACAUGGCUUGUUGGAUUAUGGAUUGUUGAAUAAACCACAAUUGGCAAUAAAAAGGGAAAAGCUCCAUCAA